AUGCACCAGGUCCCCUUCUGCUGGCCAAAGGGGAAGGUGUCCGGGGGUUAAACAGGACAGGGCAGCAGCUAGCAUGUGCUGCGCUCGUUAGAAAGUGAAACUUUUUAUAAGUCAGAUUGGAUCGGAGCUUGUGGGAGAGGGGGCACAGACCACAAGAUCCUGCAGCAACUUAGGGUCUUGCCUAGAGGAAAGAAGCUUUGCCCUGGUGCCAUACUAGUGUCGUGUAAACGGUGAGGUGCGAUGCACACCUGAAAGUAGCCGAUGUCAGCGGCACUGGUGCGGACCCCAUUUAAGUGCAGCUACACAGCACAGUCGGGCCCGCAGGGAUAACCACACGACUUCAGCCUCACCGUGUUGUAACUCUCUCUCUCUCUCACGCACACGCAGCAGGCUUAAAGGAGACUGGGUUAGGAGGCAAGGGCACGCCUGUGCCCACCGGGUGGGAGCCGGGAGCGGAGCGGCGGCUCGGAGCACGGGUCCCGGCAGCGAUCCGGUGCCAGGUUUUGCAGGCGGUGGGCGGGGAGCCGGGCCGGGCGCUCCCCGCCCCUCAGCUGGAGCCGGCCGAGCCGCGCCGCGCCGAACUUCAGAGCGGAGCGGAGCCGAGCGGCAGCACCAUGCUGCGCGCCCCGGCCCCCGGGCGGCUGCCGCUGGUGCUGGGGCUGCUGCUGCAGCUGUGGCGGGGCGGCGCGGCGCAGUACUCCAGCGACCUGUGCAACUGGAAGGGCAGUGGCUUAACUCAUGAGUCUCACAAGAAGGACGUUGAACAGGUCUACCUCCGCUGUUCUGAAGGAUCAAUAGAGUGGAUGUAUCCCACGGGAGCACUAAUAGUCAAUCUGCGACCCAAUAUGUUUUCUUCCUCUUCCAAACACUUGACUGUUUGCAUAAAGCCCUUCAAGGACUCCACAGGAGCAAAUAUUUAUUUGGAAAAAACUGGAGAACUGAAACUGUUGGUCCGAGAUGGAGAUCGCAGCCCCAAUAAAGUGUAUUGCUUUGGCUAUGAUCAGGGGGGCCUGUUUAUUGAGGCUACCCCUCAGCAGGACAUUAGUCGGAAAAUUACAGGCUUCCAAUACGAACUGAUAAGCAAGGGGAUAGCAUCCGAUUUGCACACAGUUUCUGCCCCCUGCCGACCCUGCAGUGACACAGAAGUCCUCUUGGCUGUCUGCACUAAUGAUUUUGUUGUCAGAGGUUCCAUCCAAGAUGUAACAAAUGAGGUAGAACAGCAAGAGUCCGUAAUAGAUGUCAGUGUAAGCAGACUCUACAGGCAGAAGAGCAAAGUCUUCCAGCCCUCAGAGGAAAGCGGGAGCUGGCGAGGGCAAAUAAAGACCCUGCUGGAAUGUGGGGUGAAACCAGGAGAUGGAGACUUCCUCUUCACGGGACGCAUGCACUUUGGGGAAGCCCGGUUAGGCUGUGCCCCUCGUUUCAAAGACUUCCAAAGGAUGUACAAAGAAGCAAAGGACAAAGGGCUAAACCCUUGUGAAAUUGGCCCGGACUGAAAUCCUCCAUUUAGCUGAAGAUUGCUCUUAGCACUCGGCUGGAACUGAUUCCCGGCCACAGUGAGCGUUCUGAACAAAAAACUGAUCUGAAUGAGGAGAUCUGGUGAGCAGAGUGGAAGAUCCACAUGGGAUGUCCCUGUGGCCAAGGGAGGCUGUUACACUAAUGGAAGCAACAGAGGUACGAGCUCAGAAGGCUGCCAAGCACCCAAGGCUGGAAUUUUAACCGAUCUUGUCCCUAUGAAUUAAAUUAUUAUAUUUUUUUAGCAAGUUUCUUAGGAAAACAAGCAAAGAAACCUACCAUGUCUUAAACCCCUUCCAGUAAAAAACCAACUGCCUUUAUAUCUCUUUAAUACUAAUGUCUUAAGCUGAUGUAGCAUUUGGUAUGGCAUAUUCUGUAUAAAUGGUAAAGAAUGUGGUAGAACACGGUAAAACCAUCUUAAUGUUGAUGCUUUGUAAAAAGCUUGGUGUACAAUUCAAAGUUUUUUGUUAUGACAGAAAUUUAUGGAGCCAAACUCUUGUGUUUUUUGGUUUUUGUUUUUUAAUUUGAAAGAAUGUACAAAUCGCCACCUGCAGCUUUUUGUCCAGGCUGGUAAAUUGUUUCCAUUCCAGAGAAAUAAAGGUCCCUGGAUUUGA